AUGCCGUGUACUCGUGUCUCUCCUCAAGAAUAGCCUUGCCGCGCGCGGAACGCCCAGAGGGCGCAUCCUCCCAAUCCCACUCCGCAUGUUCGGCCGUCCCUGAGGGAUCGCCCACCGCAACAACUACACGCCGCGGCGCACCGCCGCCGCGCCGGCUGGGGAACGACGGCGACGCAUAUAUCAUCCAUCCGAGAUGGAGCUGUUCGAGCGCGCGAGGACGGUGCGGCUGCGGAGCCACCACGACAAGUACCUGUACGCCGACGAGGACGAGGUGCACGUGAUCCAGGACCGGAACGCGGCGUCCCCGAACGCGCGGUGGGUGGUGGAGCCCGUGCCGCACUCCCCCGGCGUGCUCCGCCUCCGCGGCCGCUACGGCCGCUACCUCUCGGCCUCCAACGAGCCCUUCCUCCUGGGCGGCACGGGGCGCAAGGUGCUGCAGACGCUGCCCCACCGCCUCGACUCCUCCGUCGAGUGGGUGCCCGUGCGCGACGACGCCGGCAGCAACGCGCACGCCCGCGCCGUGCGCCUCCGGACGCGAUACGGCAACUUCCUCCGCGCCAACGCGGGGCUCCCGCCGUGGCGGAACUCCGUCACCCACGACGUCCCGCACCGGCACACAGGGUGGGUGGUCUGGGACGUCGAGAUCUUCCAGGCGCUCCCGCCGCCAACGGGGCCCGAUUCCUCAUCGUCCUCCGCCGCCGCGGAAACCGACGCCGACGCCUUCGCGUCCUCUCCGGCUCCGUCGUCGUCGUAUAACAACAAAGCGCCGCACUCUUCGGCUCCGUUACCAACGUCGGCGCUGAGGCCGCCGCCCCCUCCCGCGCACCACCGCGAAGAGAACUUGGUUCCGUUCAAGGGGCAGCCCGCGCCGCCGCCGCCGGGCUACAUCGCACCACCCGCUCCGGGAUUUUACAGGCUCGAGUCGACGGAUUCCUUCUCCGUGCCGCUGCACAAGGUGGAGGGGCGAGCGGUCCACUACCACAUCGGGGACAGCGACGGGGAGGUGAGGCCGGACGAGGAGCCGCACUACUUAACGUUCAACGGAACUAGCCUGGAGGAGCUGCUGGAGAGGCUCAAGGAGGAGACGGGGCUGCACGACGUCAUCAUGUGCUCGCGCAGCCCCAUCAACGGGAAGCUCCUGCCGCUCCGUCUGCAGCUGCCGCCCAACAACGCCGCCGUGCAUAUCGUGCUUGUGCAGGAGUCAUCAAAUGUGGCAAAAACUUUUGCUUGACCAGUUGACCAUCCCGUUCACAAAAUCAUCUGAUCGAAGAUGGUGGAAGCAACAGCUUGUGUAUCAAAUGCAGAAUUGUUCAACAAUUGUGUAUGCAUUAACUUUUUGAUCAAACCGGUUCCAGUGUGGCGGCUAACACAAGCAAGUGUCCUUCUGCCUCUUGCUGUUCUCAUUCAUCAUCUCGUAUUUGCUUUGUCUGUAGAUAUGUGCCAUCUAAUUCUCAAGAUUCAUAGUGAUCUGUAUAGAUAAUAAGGACCCUUGAAAUUUUCUGUGUUGUUAAUUUUUUUUUCAUUUCUUGAAAGGAUUCUUGAAAGUUAAUAUACAUGUUGUGUGUUGCCCUUGUUAA